GUUUGAAGCCAUGCAGCGCAGACACACCACAUUAAGGGAUAAAAUCCGCCGACAGGCCGUCCGGGGCCCAGCGUACAUGUUCAGCGAGAGAGGCACUAGUCUGACUGAAGAGGAGGAACGUUUUCUAGAUGCCGCAGAGUACGGAAACAUCCCUUCAGUCCGAAAGAUGCUUGAGGAAUCCAAGACGCUGAACGUAAACUGUGUGGACUACAUGGGCCAGAAUGCAUUGCAACUGGCAGUGGGGAACGAGCACCUGGAGGUCACCGAACUGUUGCUGAAGAAAGAAGGCUUGGCAAGGGUUGGUGAUGCCCUGCUGUUAGCCAUCAGCAAAGGUUACGUGCGGAUAGUGGAGGCCAUCCUGGCUCAUCCUGCGUUCGAAGGUGGUCUUCGCUUGACUCUGAGUCCUCUAGAGCAAGAGCUGCGGGAUGAUGACUUCUACGCGUAUGAUGAAGACGGGACUCGAUUUUCUCAGGACAUCACACCUAUGAUUCUGGCAGCCCAUUGUAAGGAGUAUGAGAUUGUGCACAUCUUGUUGCUUAAAGGGGCUCGUAUUGAGAAACCACACGACUAUUUCUGCAAGUGUGGGGAGUGCGCAGAGAAACAGAAGCAGGAUUCUUUCAGCCACUCGCGAUCAAGGAUGAACGCCUAUAAAGGCCUGGCUAGUGCUGCCUAUUUGUCUCUGUCUAGUGAAGACCCUGUGCUCACUGCCCUGGAGCUCAGCAAUGAGCUGGCACAACUCGCCAACAUCGAGACUGAGUUUAAGAAUGACUAUAGGAAGCUCUCCAUGCAGUGUAAGGACUUUGUGGUUGGCGUUCUGGAUCUGUGCCGGAAUACAGAGGAAGUCGAGGCAAUUCUGAAUGGAGAUGUGGAUCAGAAUCAUCCAAGCGAACACCAUCGGCCCUGCCUUAGCCGUGUUAAACUGGCCAUUAAGUAUGAAGUCAAAAAGUUUGUAGCUCAUCCCAACUGCCAGCAGCGGUUGCUGACGCUGUGGUACGAGAAUCUUUCAGGCCUUAGGCAACAGUCAAUUGGCGUGAAAUGUUGGACAGUGCUGGGAGUGAUGGUGGGAUUGCCAUUUCUUGCCAUUGCAUAUUGGAUUAUGCCCUUCAGCAAGGUGGGCCAGGUUCUCCGCAGUCCCUUCAUGAAGUUUGUAGCUCAUGCUGUCUCAUUUACACUUUUCCUGUGUCUUCUGGUUCUCAACGCCUCCGACCGCUUUGCAGGAGUCAAAACUCUUCCUAACGAAACCAUUACUGAUCAUCCUCGGCAGAUCUUUCGCAUUAAAACAACUCAGUUCAGCUGGACAGAGAUGCUGAUAAUGAAAUGGGUUCUAGGAAUGAUCUGGACCGAGUGUAAGGAGGUCUGGGCGGAUGGGCCACGCGAGUACAUCAUGCACCUGUGGAACGUGUUAGAUUUUGGCAUGCUGUCUGUAUUUGUGGCCUCGUUCACCGCACGGCUCAUGGCCUUCCUGCAAGCGUCCCAGGCACAGCUCUAUGUGGAUUUAUAUGUGACUAAUGCCAACUUGAUCAAUGCAUCAUUACCAGCAGAUGUGGCCUACUUCACUUACGCCAGGAACAGGUGGCUGCCCUCUGAUCCUCAGCUCAUCUCUGAAGGAUUGUACUCCAUCGCUGUGGUGCUCAGUUUCUCUCGAAUCGCCUACGUUUUGCCGGCUAAUGAGAGUUUCGGACCCUUACAAAUAUCCCUGGGGCGGACUGUUAAGGAUAUUUUUAAAUUCAUGGUCAUUUUCAUCAUGGUCUUUCUUGCCUUCAUGAUCGGCAUGUUUAAUUUGUAUUCCUACUAUUUGGGAGCCAAAUACAACCCUGCUUUUACCACGGUUGAGGAAAGCUUUAAAACACUAUUCUGGUCGAUCUUUGGUUUAUCCGAGGUGAUCUCAGUGGUCUUGAAGUACGAUCACAAGUUCAUUGAAAACAUUGGCUAUAUUCUCUACGGGGUCUAUAAUGUCACAAUGGUGGUGGUCCUCCUUAACAUGCUCAUAGCCAUGAUUAACCACUCAUACCAGGAAAUUGAGGAGGAUGCUGAUGUGGAAUGGAAGUUUGCUCGUGCAAAGCUCUGGCUCUCGUAUUUUGAUGAAGGCAGCACUCUUCCAGCCCCCUUUAAUCUAAUACCCAGCCCCAAAUCCUUCUAUUACAUGGCUCAGCGCACCAAAGCAUGCCUAGUGAGUUUAUGCAAGGCCAGGGUCCGCAGCAACAGCAGCCAGCAGGACAUGGGAAUGGCCAAUUCUCGCUCUAAGCUUUAUCGAUUUCGACCUUACCAUUCGCAAGAGGGAUUCACGGUUAGAAAUCCCAUCAAACACCCUACACGAUAUCAGAAACUCAUGAAGCGACUCAUCAAGCGAUAUGUCCUGAAAGCCCAAAUUGACAGUGAAAGUAAUGAGAUCAAUGAAGGUGAGUUGAAGGAAAUCAAGCAGGACAUUUCCAGCCUGCGUUAUGAGCUCCUGGAGGAAAAAUCCCAGGCCACAGAGGAGCUGGCUGAACUGAUCCAGGAGCUUGGAGACAAACUCAGCAAAGGAAACAAGAGACCGUGACAAACGAACUGGUGUGAAAGUAGCUGAAAGUGUCCUAGAGC